AGCAUGCCCGGCGGCCCCUCGCCCACCUCCCGCCCAGCAUCCCCUGUGCGUGGCGGCGCGGGAUGAGGCUGCCCGCCGCCCCAGCAGCUCCGGGGACGGCCGCAGCCCAGGGCCCCCCGCGCCCCGCCGCAGCACCCCGGCCCCGCGGCCCUGAGCCAUGGUCAGCCGUGAGCCCGUGCCCGGCCCGGCCCCCGCCGGCGAGGGCAGCCAGGAGAAAGCCAUGACGGUGCGCUCGGUGCUGCUCAACCGCGACUCGCCCGACAUCGAGAGCCGCCUCAAGCGCCGGCGCAACCGCACGCAGCAGGUCCGCUUCAAGGACCUGGUGGAGGCCGGCGCGGGGCGGGCGGACAGCCCCCCGCCCGGGCCCGCGGCCGGCCCCGGCCACAACACCGCACGUGCCUCGCCGCCCCCCAGGGACCCCCCUGAGCCGGCGGCUCUCCGUGCCUCGCGGCGCAGCUGGCCCCAGGCGCAGCCGGGCUCGCUGACGCUGCCCAUACCCAGGAAGGCGUGCAUGAGCACCGCCAUCCAGACCUCCCCCAGCCUCCAGAAGCCCUUCCCGGCCCCCCAGCCCCGCAGCAAGAGCGUCUGCGAUGUGGCGGAGGAGGAUGCGGUACUGCCCGCCGCGGCGAGCGCCCGGUGCCCGGCAGCGGCCGUGCCCACCGUGGCCAGCUGGGCCGUGCCCCCGCGGGCCCCCGGCAGCCUCCCCGCCCAGGAGCGCACCGCGGUCCUCGCCCAGCACGCCAAGGUGCGCCGCACACCACCACCGCCACCACCCAGGGACCCCCCUCCCCCUUACCAGGGCACGGCCGGCUGCCCCGCUGCCCGCUGCGCCCCUCCGGUGCAAAGCUGCACCCCCGAGCCCUGCCCGCCACCCCCAGCCUGUGCCCAGCUCCGCGGGAGCCCCCGGGGCAACCACGGGGUCACCCCCCGCCCGGCCUCCGUGCCCUGCGGCCAGCCCCGGCCGCCCUCCGAGCAGCGGGGGCUCGGCCGGAGCGACUCGGAGCGGACCCUGCCCUGCGGCCGCCCGGCGCCCCCGUGCCAGCCCUCGCCGCACCGCCGGCAGCCCGUCCCCGCCACGGACACCCACGGCCUCCGGCAGCCACCUCAGGGCAACCCCCCGCGGGACCCCCCGCCACCCCAGCACCAGCUCUGCGCCACGCUGUGGGGGGGGCCCUGCUGCGCCUCGCCAGCCCCCAUCCCAGCAGCGCCGGGCUGGCACAGCUCGGCCGCCGGCACGCCGGACAAGACACCAGCUGUCCUCGGCACCUGCAGCCGGCUCCGCGCCGCCGAACCCGGGCAUGGCUGGGCAGGACCCGAGGGGCCCAGGGAGCCGCUGUCCACAGCCCCACAGGGCCCCAGCGUGGGGGCACAAGCGGCCGGGUGGGCAGCGGAGGCCCCCCGGCACGGACAGCCCUGCCGAGCCGCCGAGGCGCCGGACACGCUGCAGCGCGUCCAGGACCUUCUGCAGCUGGUGGUGGUGGCCAAGGGGCCGGUGGGACCACCAGCGAGGGAUGAGGACGCCCGGACAUCUCAGGGAGAGGGCCCCCGGGGGCCCGGGGAGCAGGGGGACCUGCAUUCCCAGCUGCAGUCCCUGGAAGGGGUGCUGGAGACCAGCCAGCAAACCAUCCGGGUGCUGCUGGACGUCAUCCAGGACCUGGAGAAGAAGGAGGCGCAGAGGGAUGGGCGACACUCGUACCGGACCGGGCAGGACAUCGCCAACUGCGGGACCUGCCGGGACUGUGCCUGCAUCAUCUACAGCGUGGAGCACGAUUUCCGACAGCAGGAAGGUCGCUUCCAGCGGGUGCUGAGCCACAUCGAGGGCGACACGGGGCCGAGCUCCCCCCCGACGGCGCUGGGGGCGGCGGGGGUGGCGCUGGGGGCGGCGGGGACCACCUCACCGCCCAGGCAGGAGCCGUCGCCCGUGUCGAGGCUGCCGGCAAAGCUGGACGUGAAGAAAUCCCGGCGCAAAUGCUUCUGGUUCCUGUGAGGGCGGUGCCCGGUGAGCCCGGAGCGCGGGGGCGCCGUCCCAGCACUGACCCCCUGCCCACCUCUCCUCCCUCCCUCCCACGGUAGGGUUUGGGUAGCACCAGCUUUUCUAUUUUUAACCAUUCCGUUGAACGCGGGGAGCUCGGGUGUGGAAACGGCGAGGGGAGCAGCGGCUGUAUUUAAGGAGAAUUCAAUAAAUUCCAAGGAGACGCUAUUUUUGUUA